GUCAUCGCAAGCUCCACCCACUUGGCUCUAUAUCAUUGAUGGAGAUGGUGUCAUUUACUACUCAAACAACAUCUCCCUAACCGUAAUAGCUGACCAAAAACAAGACAUCACAUGUGAAGCAUAUGGAGCAAGGCCCACUGCAGUAUUGGAAUGGCGUUUACCUGAUGAUAUGGCAGUUGUUCAUCAGGAUCAGUCUGAUGUCAUCCAAGACAACUUUUACAUCUCUCAGAAAGCCGUGACAAUCACUCCCUCAAGGGACGACCACGGAAAGAUUCUUCGCUGCAUCGCAUCACAUCAAGAACUAUCAGAAAACCUUCAAUGCACAGUAAAUAUGAAUGUACAUGUUCUUCCUACGAGUGUACUGCUCUUUCCAACUGGAGGUAGCCAGUCCCAGUCAAGAUUCAUAUACGUUCAAGAAGAUUCACCGACUUCAAUCACAUGUAGGAGUAUUGGGUCAUUCCCAGCGACUGAACUAUCCUUUCAGUUAGAAAGUGGCAAUGGUCUCGACGAAAGAAUUCUUCCAAAUAUCUCAAGCGAAAGAAACAAUUUAGACGAUGCUCUGUUUGACACCGAGGCUACUGUCAUCUUACACUUAAAUAUUGUGCAUCAUGGAAGGUACAUUAAAUGCUUCGUAUCGCUUGAAGAAUCUGUAGUGGAAUUGCUGUAUGCCAAAGUAAUCGUUUACGGUGUCUGA